AUGUCCUUGCCUCCAUCUCGUGCACUUGUCGGUGGAGUAGCUGGCCAGCGUGUGAGUCGCGCAUGGAACUUUGCUUAUGGCUCCAACCUGGAUGAACUCACAAGAAGACGCAGACAACUUCGGCCUUCUCAGAUUCAGCCGGCAGUGGCUCAUGGCUGGGAGUUGCGGUUUAGCCUGCCAGGAAUCCCUUUCUUGGAGCCAGCAUUUGCAUCUCUUCGGCCAUCCAGAAGCAAUAGCAUCAGCACACAUGGAGUGUGUCUCGAGCUGGGCAUGGAGGGCUGGUUCCGUUUGCUGACCAGUGAAGGAGUUCUUGGAGCUGCAGAGGUCAAUGAACUGAGAAUGCGACAAGCCUCCUUGGAAGAAGUACUGGACAGGGCUGCAAAGAAGGAUCAAGAUGUCCGUGGCUACAGGCUCUUGCCAAUCGAGGUUUUGACAUAUUCUACGUCUCAGCGCGAGACGGCCUACGCCCUGGUUGAUGGUAAUUUCGAACCUCCAGCACCUCAGAUCAAGCUGCCAUCUUUGAGAUAUUGGCGGCUGCUGCGCAAUGGGGCAAGGCGACAUGGCUUGACACGCGAAUACCGCGACUAUCUGGCCUCGUUGCCGAGGUAUGUGCCAUCUUUGCUAGCUCCAGCUGCACUUCCAGCUAUAGCUGGGGAUGCCAUGAAAUGGUGGACGCCUGGUGCAAGCUUGGAGCAGGAGGCCUGGCCGCAGCUGAAAGGUCCCGCAAGCCUUGCGCAGGGCCGCCUGGAAAUUGGGCCAGACCCAUCCAAUGCCGUCUGGAAUAAAUUCUGUUCCAUGCCGCGGGAUGACGUGUUGAAGCGUGUGCUAACGCUCGUUGGAGAGGAGUGCCCAACUCUCUAUUGGGCUUAA